GUCAGGACGAACUCGACCUCCAAGCCAUGACAUGGAUCCACACCACGUACAUCGACCAUGCCGACGCGCAGGACUCUCUGAUCGCCGUCAUCCCGGAACUCAGCGCGUACAACGCCAGUGCCCUCGUGUUUAGGACCAUCGCGCGAAAGUUACACCUCUCUGCGGCCGCCCUGAUAUCGAAAGUACGUUCGCGCUCCUGCGGUGAGCUAUUGCGGGACGCGGGGGCGAACAUGGACGCGGAGACGAGGACGCGGACAGUUAACAUGCUGCUGAAGCUUCUUCGCCACCUCCCACGCGACCACGACCCAUCCAUCAUCAGUCCGAUGGACGUACUCUGGAGUCUCUGGGAGCUUGCUGUCGGGGCCAGCGCGGCCGAGGAGAAGCUUCCGGCGCUGGUUCGGUCGGUAUUGGACGGCGUGGCCGGUUUGGUGAACAAGAGCGAACCGUUCCGCUUACGCCGCGCCGCGCUCAAUCUGCUGCACGAAGGUGGGCUGGCGUGGACGUACUCCUACAAUCCCACAGCGAUUGGCGGCAUCAUGUCGUUCGCCAAGGAUUGCUACCAACAUGAUAUUCCCGACUUGUUCAUGAAGGCGUGCGUCGUGGCCCUGCUUCCGCACUGGUUCGACUGGAAGGAAGGAGAGCCCGAGCCAUACCACCGGCAGCAGCUUCAGGAGCUCCUUCGCGACUUGACCAGGACCCUUCGGAGAAGCAACGAAGAAGGCACGGGAUACGAUGUGCCCAGCGCGAGCAGGCUGGUGUCAGGCCUCGCUGCCCUUGCCGAGAAGGAUCCUGACCUCGUUGAGCCCGCGCUGCCGGAGGUGCUGCUGGAAAGCUUGGAACUUGGCUUCUUGGGCCUGUCGGGGCAAGAACAUGUCCUGCUACAAGAUAUGCUUGAAUCGACCCGUUCUCAACAUCAUACUACACAGCGAACGGAAACUCAACCCCCAGCACAUCUCCUCAAUGGUGAGGCUAUACGCUGAAUAGAACUCGGACAAGACAGGUACGCACUUUUGAUGGCUCUUACAGCCCGUCAUGAAUUUCGUCGACCUUCGGGAGAGUCUAGACUCCGAAUGCAAAGGGCGACAAUUGGCAGUACCGUACCUUGUCCCGCUCGCGUGCCAAGUGGGAGGGCUGAGGACACCAUGAUCGGACGACUUGUGGCGCUGUCCGAUGGCCAGGUUCGCGUGAUCGCGAGUGUAGAGCCGGUACAUUCUUGACCACAUGUUCUGUACAACGUCCCAUAUACGGUUUCCAUUGAUAGCUGCUUCGAUGGUCUUGUGUCUGCCUGCGCCGUGAAGCUGUACACAUACGUACAUGUAGACAAGGGCAAUCAUAUGCGAUACAUCCCACCUUGCCUGAACCACGCGCGCAGUCUGCUAUCGACGCAGCCCAUCAUCGUACGCAAGAUACAUCCGUGCCAGUAGAACAUUGGAUCACAGUGAGUCGAGCGAGAUGAAAUGGGAGUUCGGGGCGCUGCCGGCUAA